UUUUCUGUUUAGUUUCAUGCAAAACUAAAAGGAUUUUAGGAUUUAAAUGACAUAUUUCCACAGUUAGAGAGGAAGAAGGCACUCUGAAAAUUAGAAGAAAGGCGAAGUCCUGUGGGAUGUGGAAGACCAGGCCUAGGACCCAUCCUCAGCCGGGACGCCGUUACUAGGCAACCCCUCGCGGUCCCAACUGCCAAGGGAGCGCCACUUCCCCGCCCACAUUGCCAAGGAGAUCGACGCACCAACCCAGCCCUGCCGUAAACCCGCAAGCUCAUGCGACAUUGCCGCGCCUGCCGCUGCGUGCGCGCUCUCAGCCCCCACUGUUCGCCGCGGCCGCCAUUGCCUCGUGCCCGCGCCGGUCGGUUGGUGGUGCCUUUGUCCUACGGCGGGCAGGUGGGCUGAGGUGGAGGCGCCAGCAGCGUGCCUGAGGCGAAGGAGCGGCCGAGAGCCCGCCGCGCUGGUAGCGAUAUUAAUAAGGCAGCGGAAAGAAGAAAUAUGAAUACGGCUCCAUCAAGACCCAGCCCCACACGAAGAGAUCCAUAUGGCUUUGGAGACAAUCGAGAUACAAGACGUGAUCGGUCCCCAAUUCGAGGAAGUCCAAGGAGAGAGUCCAGGGAUGGCAGGGAUGGCAGAAAUGGCCGGGAUGCCCGGGAUGCCCGGGAUAGCAGAGACAGGCGAGACUCCCGAGACUUGCGAGACCACAGAGACAGCAGAGACAUUCGGGACCACAGAGACAGCCGAAGUAUGCGUGAUGCUCGGGACAUGAGGGAUCUUAGAGACUUUCGUGAUCUAAGAGACUCUAGAGAUUUUCGAGAUCACCGGGACCCCAUGUAUGACAGAUACAGAGAUAUGAGGGAUUCCCGAGAUCCCAUGUACAGAAGAGAAAGCUCUUAUGACCGAUACCUGCGAAUGGAUGACUAUUGCAGGAGAAAAGAUGACUCUUACUUUGACCGUUACAGAGAGAGCUUUGAUGGACGCGGCCCUCCAGGCCCAGAAAGUCAGUCUCGUGCAAAAGAACGGUUGAAACGCGAAGAACGACGUAGAGAAGAGCUUUAUCGUCAAUAUUUUGACGAAAUCCAGAGACGCUUUGAUACUGAGAGGCCUGUUGAUUGUUCUGUGAUUGUGGUCAACAAGCAGACUAAAGAUUAUGCUGAAUCUGUGGGACGGAAGGUACGAGACCUAGGCAUGGUCGUGGACUUGAUCUUCCUCAACACAGAGGUGUCACUUUCACAAGCCUUGGAAGAUGUUAGCAGAGGAGGGUCUCCUUUUGCUAUUGUUAUCACCCAGCAACACCAGAUUCACCGUUCCUGUACAGUCAACAUAAUGUUUGGAACCCCACAAGAGCAUCGCAACAUGCCCCAGGCAGAUGCCAUGGUGCUGGUGGCCAGAAAUUAUGAACGCUACAAGAACGAGUGCCGAGAGAAGGAGCGUGAGGAGAUUGCCAGACAGGCAGCCAAGAUGGCUGAUGAAGCCAUCCUACAGGAAAGAGAGCGAGGAGGACCCGAGGAAGGAGUGCGUGGGGGGCACCCUCCAGCCAUCCAAAGCCUCAUCAACCUGCUGGCAGACAACAGGUACCUCACUGCUGAAGAGACGGACAAGAUCAUCAACUACCUGCGAGAGCGGAAGGAGCGGCUUAUGAGGAGCAGCACCGACUCUCUGCCUGGCCCGAUUCCCCGUCAACCACUCGGGGCGACCUCGGGUGCCUCGGUGAAGACACAGCCAAGCUCCCAACCGCCCCAGAGCGGCCAAAUACUCCCCUCUGCUACACCCACUUCAGCUGCACCCCCCACAUCCCAGCAAGAGCUUCAGGCCAAAAUCCUCAGCCUCUUCAAUAGUGGCACACUUGUGGCCAAUAGCAGCUCUGCAGCCCCCUCAGUCGCUGCCAGAAACACGCAGAAGCAGAAUUUUUCCACAGCAGCGAACAGCCAACCUCAGCAAAGAUCACAGGCCUCUGGCAAUCAGCCUCCAAACAUUUUGGGACAGGCGGGAUCUGCUCGGAAUAUGGGCCCCAGGCCUGGGGCUCCUUCCCAAAGGCUCUUUGGCCAACCUUCCAGUCGCCUGGCACCUGCCAGCAACGUGGCUAGCCAGAGGGCUGUGUCUUCCACAGGUAUCAACUUUGAUAAUCCAAGUGUACAGAAGGCUCUGGACACCCUCAUCCAGAGUGGCCCUGCUCUCUCCCACCUGGUUAGUCAGACCACAGCACAGGUGGGGUGGCCCCAGGCACCCCUGGGAUCUUACCAGAGGCAUUACUGAGGCUAAAUCUCUCAACUGCCCCCAGUUCCCUCAUCCCCUGGCCUCAUCCCACCUGUUGCAUUCUAAAUAGAAUUACUUGGAGGAUGUUCUGCGCCUGCCCAGGUCGACAUUGAAUGUCGUGUUUCUACCACCUGCUCUCUUCUGCUGAAGGCUGUGUUGCAUAUUCCUUCCAGAGUCAGAGUUUAUACUGUAUUUGGGGGUGUAUCUUUUUGUUUUUGUUUCAGUUUGGGGUUUUUUUUGGUAGAAAAUAAAUAUCCCUGGGGUCAUGGGGGCAGUAUAGGUAUCUGCGCUCAGUUUAUAUUUCUUGGGUUUCUCUGGCCUCUCCAUCAUCUGGACUGUGGGGGUUGGGGAGAAGAAUCAGCAGCGAAGCCCCAGCUGGCUGAGUUUGGAAUGUCAUAUUCAUGGUAAUAGCCACUCUGUGUUUGUUCAUGUUGAAUCUGCCAAGGCUUCCCAGCCUUGCACAGGCUGACAAGAACUUGAGUUCCUGACUGCAGCUCCCACCUAGGGUUCAGAGGCAGACUGGGCUUGGCAGGUGUGGUGUCGUCAUGCCCUCUCCUACAUGUACACAGUCUGCUGGAGCUUCAUCAGCUACUCUGGAGUUGCUGGCUGGCCGUGGCAGCCACAGCAGCAGGCAUUUUUCUACCUGACCCAGGGUUGUUGUUUUGGGGUUUUUCUUUUUUGUUCAUCUCGUUAGAGGAUCUCCAAUGGACUGAACAGUUACAGUCACCAGCAGUUUAACACAAACUGUGAAUCUGGGCCCCAACCACUCUUACCCCAUUAACAUUUCUGUCAGCCUGUCCCUCUCCAAUCAUUUCAUGGAGUCAGUUCUAAGAAGGCAACUCUAGACUCUGGCAGUGAACACCAAUUUUUCAGUGAUUGUUUUGAGCUUUUGGCUCAAAACUCAGGCUCUUUAUUUUCAUCUGGACUCUUGUUCUGUAUUCCAAGCAGCAGAAGGUAGGGACCAUUUUGAUGUCAGACUUCUGGUAGCUGGACAUGUACCUGAUACAGGUGGUGGUUCAUAACUUUUGAGCCAGAGUGAAAUUACUGGAGGGAGGACUUGUGGCUGCUGCUCUAAAUGGAGCCAAAGGAAGCUGCCCUCCCCCUAGGGAUGGUGCUCAUUAGAGCCCUGUGGAUCACAGUCUCAAGGGGCCCCUGGCAUGGACAAGGGCGAGCAAUGACUUCAGCUCAGCCCCUACCAGUGGCUAAGCAAACAAUGGUUUCAAAAACUCAAGGUCUCCAGAUGGCAGCAUUUCACGUUCUGACCUGUUUGUGUUAUAUAGUGUUUUUUUUCUCUUUGGAACUCUUGUGUUGUUAAUAAGAUGAGAUGAUUACUUUUUAAUUAAAAUGAAAAAAUAAAAGC